AUGGGCUUCAGUUCAAAAGUACAGCUGGAAGGGUAUACUAACAGUGACUUGCUCGAGGGUUCAUUGAGGAGAAAGCUAGAAAGAAAUCCAACACCAGGAUACAAUCCAAAAACAAAUGGAAUUUCCAAUGCUGCUUUCGGUACAGAUUUUAAGAGGGUGCGGUUGGAUGGAAAUGCUGGCAUGGGACACAGUGGAUGCUCGUUCAGCAAUGGACAGUCCCAGCCCAUUCAGGGUGCUGCAUUGAUGGGCCACAGCCUCCACAGAAAAGACAGUAAUAUGUCGUCCCACCCCAUUGGGAGUGAUCUGUUCAGCUUAACGCUCAAGGAGAUGAAGAAGGAACCUGGGGAAGUGCAUUCGUGUGGCCAAGCGUCUGCCGACAACAGCAUGAUGGUCUUUGAUUUCAAAGAUGAGCCUGGCAGUCAGAUUGAUCCUGAUCUGCAGGACCUGCUUGAUGAGCUCUCCAAGUCUGUCCCGCUGUGCGAUCUGGAGUUUGAGAAGAUGCUAAACUGUACCAUAAAGCAGGACGACCCCUUCAACUUGGAUCUGGGGCGACCGAGCCAAAGUUGCAUGGCAAAGCCAUCCUCCCAGAUGGAAAAGAUGGUCAUCAAGACAGAAUACUCGCCUGGUUACAGUCAAGGCACCGGUGGCUCGCCCCAACUUCGGCCUGCAUCAGCAGGGCCGGCAUUCUCAAUUUCAAACAGUACCUUAUCAUCUUCUCCAGUGACUUCUGCACCUCAAAAUCAGAGCCAAGGGUCACAAGUGGCUUCAGUCGCAGGAAGAUCUAUAGCCAACUGGCCAGAAGUCUCCCACGCUGAGCAGUUGAAACAGAUGGCCGCCAACCAACAGCCAACAGCAAUGCUGCAUCACCACCAGCAGCAGCAGCAGCAACAGCAGCAGCAGAACCAGGCAGCAGCAGCAGCAGCCAAAUGGUCAUCCACUCUACCUGCACAUUCAGGAACCUUUGGACAAGAGACGAAUACAGGCCCUGCUUCCCACUGCCCACAGAGGAUCAGCCCCCAAAACGCCAUCCUGACGCCCAUGAGCAGCAGCCAAGCCAAAGGAAUGAAUGACUGCCUCUUCAAGCCAGGCACCAACAGCAGCUCCAACCACAUAGAUAUCAAAGGCCUCAAUACCAAGCCCUUAUCUCAUUUCAGCCACAAGCCCAGUAGCCAACAGAUGCCGCCGAUGUUGGGCUCACAGAACAAGUCAACUGUUUUGCACUACACACAGCAGCAACAGCAACAGCAACAGCAACAGCAGCAGCAACAAACUCCCGUUCAGGCCCAACCGCACCACCCUCCCCAUUUCCAAAACCAGCCUCUGCCUCGGCUCCCCAGCGUCACCAUGGCCCUGCAGACUAAAGGGUUGCAACAGAAGAUGCAGUUGAACCAGCAGAUGUCAGGACAACAUUACAAAAUGGUACAGCCGAGACAGAAUCAGCCGCCCAUGGUUCCCAGCCCCUGUCCUCCAGUAGGAAACAGCUUCCUGAGCAGCUCCGCCCAGACCCAGCAGAAGUCGAUGGAAAAGACCCAGGCCUUGCAGAGGCAGCUGGCUUUACAGCAGCAGAUCAUGGCUGACCCGGACAAAAUGAGUGCGCAGGAUCAAUUAAACCGGCAUUUGACCAGGCCUCCUCCAGACUACAAACAGCCACGGAGAAACAUGGUUGGGUCACAGCAGCCGAACCAGUAUGCAGGGGGAGGACUCGCUAUGGGUAUGAACUCUACCCAGCCCUUGCCAAAUGCUGUUUUGAAUCAGGGAGGUCUGCAAAACAACCCCUGCCACCUUCCCCCUGGGCAGGGCACCAAAAUGCCACCUGUCCCCAAUGACAGGAUGUAUGGGAGUGGUCCUGACCCCCAGCAGGGAGACUACACUGUCCCUUCCGCUGUCGCUCAGCUCCAGCAGCAUGGAAACCAAAACCAGAUAGGAAUGGACCAAGAUAACUCCAGGUUCCCAGGGCCUACCAACCAUGGCAACAGCAUGACCUCCUUUAGGUCUGGACCAGUGUCCAACACCCAGCAUAUGAGACCGACAUUGAAACAAGAAGCACCAGGUAUGACAGGACAGAGACUGCCAAAUAUGAUGACCAAUUCCAGCAUGGUGGGGCCAAACUGGCCUCCUCAGGGGUCCAAACAAACUGCUGCUCCUCCAGUGGGAGGGAGGAGGUUCCCAAACACACUACAGUCCCAUCAGCCAGUGCAGCCUGACAUGACCAAUCAUCACUUUCCACAGAGGGCCAUGGCCCCACCAAGCCAGAUAGCAUCAGACAUCUCCAUGCACCCUCUCAACUCAAUGGAUCAGACCAUUAGCGGGCAGGCAGUGGCUGCAGCCAGAGGGCUCGCCCCAAGGCCUAGCCAGCCCAGAAUGCCAGCUCUGCCCACCAUGGCCAGUAUGAAUCAACUCACCCCGAUAGCGCCAGUAAACUCGGGCACCUUCACAGCCGCCAGCCAGAACUCUCGAUGCUACCAAGGGAACAGUCAUAGUAGCGAUUUAACAUUCGAUUUCCUUCAGCAAGGAGACAACACUGUGCCAGGAAUCAACAGCGAUUCUGACUUCAUAGACUCCCUGUUGAAGUCGGGCUCAGGGAACGAUGACUGGAUGAAAGACAUUAACCUGGAUGAAAUUUUGGGGAGUCAUUCUUAAAGGACAGGUCACUGCAAACAAGUGUACGUGAACGUAAUGUAGCAAGUGAACUGUAGAAUUCACAGCUGGUUCCUAUUGCCAAUUGAUAAUGCAUAUGGGUUAAAUGUAUCUACUUUUUUGUAUUUUUUUUUUAUACUGUAUUUAACUUUUUAAACAAACAUAUGUACCGGCAUUGGGGGUGGGAGGGUGGGGGGGUGAUUUUAAUGUACAUUGGCUACAUUUCUGGGAAACAGUGGUAGUAUAUUAUAUAUCCUGUAAAAGAAGAUGAACAAGGCUGAUUUUGAAACAAACACCAACAAUGCAUUUACUCCCCCUUUCACAACCUUUACUGGAUUAGAGACAGGACACUGACAGUGUGCAGGUCACUAAUGUGUUUCUGUUUCUAUAUUCAUCAAUAACUGGCAUACUGCUCCAUGCAUAGGAGUGCAUAGCACUUACUGAAAUCAUCCAUGAAUGAGUCCUGCUUUAGUUUGUUUCAUUUGGCACACGCUCCUACUGUAAUUAGUUGCUUGUGCUGGCUUCAAUCCCACCAGUACAGUGACAGUCUUGGAAGCCAUCUAGUUUUCAUCUUGAGCACCCUGCAGUUAAGCAGAACACUAAUGCAGAUUACAUGAAGCCGUGUCAGUGAUAUGAACAUGUCCUUAGACAAGUUCUUCCUCCUCUCAGAAAUCCUGUUCUUUAUUAUCCUGUGUCUAGAAAAUCAUUUUCACUUGGACCAAACUUUUUAUUUGUUUUACUUUCCUUUAAACUAACUUUGUCUUGGUUUAAUGUAUUUGUAAAUUUAAAAAAACAAAAAUGACUAUUCCUGGACUAUUAUGAAUGCACUAGCAGUGAUUCUAGAUGCCUAAUGUAUUCAAAUGUACAGAUUGUACUGUGUGCUUUGUAAAGAUUUGUAAAGUAUGUUUUGAUAAAUGAAUCAUAUUCUUCAGAAGAUUAUAUUUAUACUUCUGUCACUCAGAUUAAGUAAAUGUUAUAUUUUGUACUUUUUUUUUUUUUUUUUUUUAAAAGAGGAUUGGUCUUUGUUUUGUAAAAUGUGGCGGCAAACUGGUGCAGUCAUUUAAGCUCCCGGGCUCAUAAAGCAAAACGUUGGUUUUAAUGUGUUGUUUAAAAAAAAAAAAAAAAAAAACCUUAAAGAUGACAUCUAGCCCUUAAUACUACUAAACAUAUUAUGUUUCCUAAUUUCUCACUCUUUUACUCAUCAUUGUGCUGUUGAACAUUUUCUAAUACGUUAUCUCCACUUUGAAGCAUGCUUUAGACCAGCCUCCUCCUCCCUGUCAGUCCACACCAAUUACAGUCCCUGCAUGUUUUCUUUGCCCCAUUGUGAACAUACUCAUAUAAUUGACAUCUUGUUUCCAAGCAUUGUUAUCUGAGAAUUAGCCGGGGAGGUCAUUUAACCAGACCAGAACUGAAUGAACCUAUAGGGGUAGGGUUAACAUCCCUGCUGUCAAUUGGCUCUUUAAUACCCACAGAGCAGCACAGUGCCCCCUAGUCCCAUCUGCAGCUCCUGAUAUUGCAUGAAGGUCCCCCAUCCACGUACUGAGCAGGUUUGACUGCACACAUGACGUGGACCAUCCUUCUUUAAUAAACUGUGGGACAGAUGAAUGACACAGAGUUAAAUAUUGCUGCAGCAUCCCGGGACCCCUGCAGAACAACUUGGGAGGAGUUUGCAAAGUUAAAAAAAAAAAAAAAGAACUACAUACUUCACCUUAAAGUCCACUCUAUACAUUUUGAAGCGGCCCUUUAGCAUGCUGGAAAACUGUACAGAAUCUUUGAAUUGUCCCUUAUUUAAUGAGGCCCGCUGAACGUUCUGUUUGAUCAUCUGAACCACUGAUCCUUUUCCUCAGACGACCACUGAAAGAGGCUGUGCAGCGGUUUCAGUCACCCGAAGGGUUUCAUUCAGGGAAUCGUUAAGCUUCAGCAGCAGUACCAUGCACCUAAGGAGUUUGAGUUCAAAGGGAAUAAAAUCGGUUGUGUUUAAUCGACUUCAUGUCUGCUCUGUGGUGAACAUGGCUGUUUUAAGCACCCUAUGCCCAUAUAGAUACUAGAAAUAUAGGGCUUAUGAAUGACUUUAGUGAGGUAUUUUGUAUGGGUACACCUCUAGACUUGACUGCUGUUUCAGUUUCCAUUGGUCUUGGCUGUAGUCUUUCUGUGUAAUGGAAAAGGAAGGUGUCCCAUUACGUGCAGGGAAAUCUUUAUCAUGAAGUGGUUUAGCCAGCAUGUCCUGCUGAAAAGGAAAUAUCAGUGGACAGUGGAUGAAAAUACAAUCAGAUCAGCAAGCGUUGCCUGGGGUUAGCUACAUAGUUUUUACACACAGCUCAGUCACAGCGAUGCUGUUUUUUAAGCAACCUAUUUUUCUUUCUGCACCAAACUGAGGCCCAUUUACACUUCCUGAAAUAUAUUUGUAGAAAUGUGUCUUUUAAAACAUGCCUUGUUACAUUAAAUAAAGCUAUACUGACAAACAUUACCUCUGUCUGCUGCGUUGUGUAGGAACUUGGGUGUCCGCAGAACAGAACUGUUACACUAUCUUAUAAUGGAUCAACCUUCUUACUGUCUAAUACAAAUGGUUCUAUGUGAUAUAUGUUUUAUGCUGCUUAAAGGGACACUUAAUACCAUCUACAUUUUCAGAAUGUUAAUUUUCUUACCUAUUAAUACAGUAUACUAAUCGAUUUCAUUAUUUUUAACCUGGCUUACAUCUUUUUUUUCAACGGGUUGCUUCUGAAAAAGACUCUUAAAAUGUUAAUAAUUAUGAAAGCUUACGGUAGUAAACCGUGGUAAAAGCACAGCAAUGUAGUAAAGUAUAGUCAAAACCCAGUACAAACUACAUCAAGAUAGAAAUAACACCCAACAACUGAAGCUUAUUUAUUAAAAAAAACAAAAAAAAAACUAACCCCCUGUACUAUUAGAAAUAAACGUUAUCACAAAGGUUAUUAUUUAAUAAACUAAAACAUUCCAAACUGGAAAUCAGCAUAAAAAAAAAACACAUUAAAUACAAAUUAAGUUGCAGAACGGCCACUGCUUAUCCAUUUUUAACAUUAAGAUGGAAGACGUUAUUUUAAGUACCAGUAUGGCCCAAUUUCUGUUUGCAAA